CAGCUCUCUAUAAAAGCCAUCGCCUCUCUUUCCUCUUUCGUGUCGUCAUCCCUUCGGCCUUGCGAGAGAGAGAGACAGCGCUCUGUGACCUUCGCCCUUCGAAGCGGAGGCAGCGGAGAGAAAUCUGUGCCUGAAUCGCCUCCAUUUUUCUUCGGAACAAAGAUAUUUAGAAGAUGGCUGAUGCCGAGGAUAUCCAGCCUCUUGUCUGUGACAAUGGCACUGGAAUGGUCAAGGCUGGUUUUGCUGGAGAUGAUGCACCCAGGGCAGUUUUUCCUAGCAUUGUAGGCCGACCUCGGCACACUGGUGUUAUGGUUGGAAUGGGCCAGAAAGAUGCCUAUGUAGGUGAUGAGGCCCAGUCCAAAAGAGGUAUUCUCACCUUGAAGUACCCGAUCGAGCACGGCAUUGUUAGCAACUGGGAUGACAUGGAGAAGAUCUGGCAUCACACCUUCUACAAUGAGCUCCGUGUUGCCCCUGAGGAGCACCCUGUGCUGCUCACUGAAGCUCCUCUCAACCCCAAGGCAAACAGAGAGAAAAUGACCCAGAUAAUGUUUGAAACCUUCAAUGUGCCUGCCAUGUAUGUGGCUAUCCAGGCUGUUCUCUCCCUCUAUGCCAGUGGCCGUACAACUGGUAUUGUGCUGGAUUCUGGUGAUGGUGUGAGUCACACUGUCCCAAUUUAUGAAGGAUAUGCCCUCCCACAUGCCAUCCUUCGUUUGGAUCUGGCUGGUCGUGAUCUCACUGAUGCCUUGAUGAAGAUCCUUACUGAGAGAGGUUAUUCCUUCACUACCACUGCAGAACGGGAAAUUGUCAGGGACAUGAAGGAGAAGCUUGCCUAUGUUGCCCUUGACUAUGAGCAAGAGCUGGAGACAGCUAAGAGCAGCUCCUCUGUGGAAAAGAGUUAUGAACUGCCUGAUGGGCAGGUGAUUACUAUUGGUGCAGAGAGAUUCAGGUGCCCAGAGGUUCUCUUCCAGCCAUCCUUGAUUGGUAUGGAAGCUGCCGGAAUCCAUGAGACCACUUACAACUCCAUCAUGAAGUGUGAUGUGGAUAUCAGAAAGGAUCUGUAUGGCAACAUUGUUCUCAGUGGUGGUUCAACAAUGUUCCCUGGCAUUGCUGAUCGUAUGAGCAAGGAAAUCACAGCCCUUGCCCCAAGUAGCAUGAAGAUUAAGGUGGUUGCCCCACCUGAGAGGAAGUACAGUGUCUGGAUUGGAGGUUCUAUCCUUGCUUCUCUUAGCACUUUCCAGCAGAUGUGGAUAUCCAAGGGAGAAUAUGAUGAAUCUGGUCCUUCAAUUGUUCACCGGAAAUGCUUCUAAAUUUUCAGGGUUGGCUGGUUGUCUCCUCUCUUCGGACGGUUUUUGAGUUUGAGUCAUGUAAACUUUUCUAGUUGUGAUUGUUGUGUCUUUCUCGUGUCUUUCUCGAGGGUCUUUUAAAUUUGCUUCGGUCAUGUGUACUUUUGACACCAUCAAUAUAUUCAGUGGAUGCUAUAAGAUCACGACUUCAUUCUCAUUUUGUUGCAGCCAUGUAGGAUGCUGUGGUUUGAUAGUACUAGCAGAGUAUUUAAUUACUGGACUUGGUUUUUGGUUUUUAGAUGUAGCAGCUUGUUGUACCCUUCAAUUUGAUUUUGCUUGCAUG